AUGAAGCUACAUAGCGUCAUCGUGUUGGUGCUGGCUCUUGUGGCCGUGGCCCUUGUGGCCUCGCCCGUUGCCGGCUCGAACACGCGCGUGACCUACUCCAAUCUACAAGAACAUCUCUCUGCUGCACAAUGGCAGCAUUUCAAGAGCUUGUCUCGCGCCGCAAAGGCCGAGGUCAAGCGCACCCUCAAGAAGGUGGCCGUCAGUGUUGAGGACGUGCCCACCAUGCAGAUCACCCAGGAUGGUUUCCUGCUCUUCGUGGACGAUCUCUCCGAGGAGAAUUCGACCAUUUACGAGGAUCACAUGGAUGAGCACGUAGACUCGGGUCGCACCCGCCGCGCACUGUCUGAUCUGGCUCCUUCCCGUUUCACUUCUGCUGGUCUGCCUAUUUAUCACAGCCGUCCUGGCAGCAGCAACGUCAUUUACUUGGACUUUGAUGGUCAUACCAACCCUGCAACGAGUCGCGGCUGGGGCUUUUUUGAGGCUCAACCCUACAAUUUGUACAACUCGGACCCUGCGACCUUUAGCGCCGAAGAGUCUGAGCAAAUCGCCCAAAUUUGGGCGCGCAUGGUUGAGGACUACUCGCCUUUUAACGUUGACAUCACGACUGAAGAGCCCGCCACCAUGCACGACCGUGUUUGUCACGUCGUGAUUACCCGCAAGUAUCAGAGCAACGGGGCACUCAUGCCUCAUGCCAUGAAUGCCGGUGGUGUCGCCUACGUCAACGUGUUUGGGCGCUCAUCCUUCCAGCCGCACUAUUCCCCUGCCCUUGUAUACUACGAUAACUUGGGCGGAGGCAUCAAUGAUCUUGUGGCCGAUGCCGCGUCGCACGAGGUGGGCCACACCCUGGGCUUGUCCCAUGAUCGUCGCACCGGUGAAGGUUAUUUCAGUGGCAUCGGUGCCGACGGUCUGGCAACCUCCUGGGGUCCCAUCAUGGGCGCCCCGUAUGGCAAAUCGGUCACUCAAUGGUCCAAGGGAUUGAACGGUGUGGCCAACAGCGCCAACGAUGAAGAUGACGUUGACAUCAUCCUCGAGAAGUUGGAGUUGGUGGCCGACGAGGCGGGCGAGUCUAUCAGCACCGCCGCCCAGAUGUCAGUCAAUGGAAAUACGCGUAUUGCCAAGGGCAUCAUUACGGCGGCAGACGAUGUUGAUGUUUGGUCCUUCUAUAACCCGGCCAAGGGCCAGGUUGUAAUUGACGCCAAGCCCUGGUACGCGUCCAGUCGCAGUGCUGGCAACAAUCUGGAUAUCAAGAUUGAGUUGCGUAACAGCAAUGACAAGACGCUCGGCGUGAGCGAUCCAACGGGAUACACCUCUGCUGGCCUCGUCAAGACCCUGCCUCAAGGCCGAUAUUUCGUAUUCUUGGAUGGCGUUGGCGAUCCCGAGUUUUAUCCCAGCGACUACGGCAGUUUGGGUCAGUACACCAUUGAGGUGACCGUGCCCAGUGGUGGUAGUGCCGAGCCACCCACCACCACCACUUCUACCACGACCACCAAAUCCACCACAUCCACUACCACUCAAGCUACGGCUUCGUGUGACAAUGACAGCAACGAGCCCAACGACGACCUGGAGUCAGCCACACCCGUGGGUGACUUCUUGUUCGGCAACGGUUUUGUCGUGUGUCAGCGCGAUGUGGACAUGUACACCCUGUCCUUGUGUCCUGGCAAGACGGCUUCGCUGGCCAUGACCUUUGAUACGCUUGCCGGUGAUCUUGACGUGUCAGGCUAUCUGAAUGGCGUUCUCGUUGAUGCCGAUCUCGGCACCGGCUCGUACAAUUUUCUGGCCAUUGACGCGGAUACGGGUCGCUCUGAUGCGAGUACCGUUACCUUCUCGGUGCACCACAGCGAUAUGGUUGGUCAAAACUCCGUUUCGUACAGCGUUUUGAUUCAGACGUAUGGUGACUGCAUCGAGCCGACCACCACAACGACGACUACCACGACCACCACAACCACAACCACUACUACCACGACUACUGCCAGCAAGCAAUCAUCUGACUUGUGCGCCACUGACGACGAGAUGGAACCCAACAACCAGGUGCAGGACGCGCAAUGGCUCGACACGUCCCGCAGCUACGAUUUGAAGAUGUGCGACUCGCACGACUUGUAUCUGGUCAAGGUCUGUGCCGGCGCCAGCAUGUCCAUCGUCAAUUCCUUCAAGAACGACGAUGGCAAUUUGGAUGUUGCCGUGUACAACCCUUCCACGUUCCAGCUGCUGGCUUAUGCAAACUCCAAGACCGAUAACGAGAUUGUCAAGCUUAGCAAUAGUGGCGGCAGCGACAGUUACGUGCUUGUGCGCGUUCUCAACCUUGACGGCCGUGCUCAAAAGUACACGCUGUCUUUCGAGUACGAAACACCUUGUGCCGAAAGUCAAGGUAACAACAAGGUUGAGUCUACCACUUCCACCACUACGACAACCACGACGACGACAACCACAACGACAACGAAGCGCCCAGAGUUGAAGGAGUGUAGUUGCUCUGAUCAACUCUUGGCUUCGGGUCGUUCAUCGGAUGAAGAUGUCGUGGUGCGCUUUAAUGUCGACUGUCCCAACGGCCACCUUUUCCAGUUCUGCUACAAGCGUACGUGGGACACGGACAAGGUUAUGGCUGUGGGCUUGCGACAAGAUACUGCGUAUGGCAAGGUGUUGAUCGCCGAUACGUCCGUACCUGCCGGCCGCGACGAGGUGGCUUGCACCCAGUUUUGGGCCGACAGCGUUUCGAGUGGCGAUCGCUUCGUUGUGCGACUGCGCAACGAGCGGAAGCAAGGUUACGAGCUGUAUAGCUCUACCGAGUCGGUGGUCAACUCGUGCGUGCGUUCUUAA